AUGCCGGAGCUGUAUCUCUCUCUCUCUCUCGCUGCAGGUGGGUUGGCCACAGUCUUGCAGAAAGCUGAAGUCCGCAUCAUCCGCAGAAGGAACUGCAACGAUCUGCUGAGCGGCAUUGUCACCAGCCGCAUGCUGUGUGCUGGCUACCUGAGUGGUGGUAUUGAUGCCUGCCAGGGGGACUCUGGCGGCCCGAUGUCCAGCGUGGAGGAAAACGGCAAGGUGUUCCUGGCCGGCAUUGUCAGCUGGGGGGACGGCUGUGCCAGGAAGAACAAGCCCGGCGUCUACACCAAGGUCUCCAAGUUCCGGGAGUGGAUCAAGGGACACACUGGAUUGUAGAUGUGGACUCACUCCAGCCUGGGUACCCAAACAUCGUCCCAUCACAGAGUAGCGGUGUGGAGCUCACACUGGCACUGGAUCUGCUCCACACUUGCCCAACUUGUAGAUAAUGUACAGUCUCGUCUAAUCAAUGCCAUCUGUGAAGAUUUUGUGGGGUGAUUGGUUAUUUAGUGUUCUGAAUAAAUGCUGAUGAUGGGGUGGGAGGGUCUGUGGAUGAGGGGAUUUGUACAGUGAGCUGGAAUACUGCAGUGGCCCUCCCCCCCCUCCUUCCUCCCCUCCCUCCUCCUCCACAUUACCCACCCUCCCCUCAUCUCCCCCCUGGGCUGGGCUUGGUCAGACUGCGCUGCUCACAAACUGCAGUUUAGUUUCCUCAGCUCACUUGUUGAAACUCUGUGAAGGGAAGUCCGUGCAUCAUUUGCUGGAUGAUCUGCUGGACUACAUGUCUGUUCGUAUCACUGUGACGUUCCAGACCCAUCCCGACCACCAGGGACCUGGCUGUGUGUGCUCCCAUUCCGUCAGGUACAUAACGUGGCACUGGGGUUAAACCCUUUUCUAGUCUGUGUGAGGAUGGUACACGGCAGACCUCACUGUCUCCCUCACUCCCUCUCCCUUCACUCCCAGCACACUUCAGCCAGAGACUCUGCUUGAGGAGGUGCUUGGUGCAGUGAGGGGUCUGCUCACAGGCUGCGGGAUCUUUCUGCCCCCUCACCCUCUGCCCUCUGGUCUCGUCGGGAGUGCUGUCGUGCCGUGGUGCUGCCAUGCCGUGGUGCUGUCGUGCCGUGGUGCUGCCGUGCCGUGGUGUUGCCGUGCCGUGGUGCUGUCGUGCCGUGGUGCUGUCGUGCCGUGGUGCUGCCGUGCCGUGGUGCUGCCCCUCUGCCCCCUUGGUUUUAAAUGUGAAGCAUGAAGGAAGUUAGAGUGAGUCCAUGUUGACAGCCUGGUGCAGAGGACCAGUUGGCGAUGAUGUGGACAUGGUGAGGGGUUUGUUGUUGUUCCUGUGCCACUAGGGGGGUGACCACAUACCCACGCCACACUGACCCCUCUCCCUAAAGAGCAACUGGUCAAUCAGCUGCAGGGGCUCCACAUGUCGAGCGGCAUCUGUGGAGGAGAGACAUUGAUGAUGGUUUGGGUAGAAACCCCCGGACACAGGGUUUGACAAUUUCUCCCUCCUCCACAGAGGCUGCUCGACACGCUGAGUUCCCACAGCAGAUGGAUCAUUGGUCCCAUCUCGUCGGGCAGCAUCUCUGGAGAAAAGGAAUGGCGUUUCAGGUCGAGACUCUUAUUUAGACGACCUGAAAUGUCACCUAUUCCUUCUUUCCAGAGAUCCUGCCUGACCCACUGAGUUACUCCAGCACUUGGUGUCUGUCUUUAGUGUAAACCACAGUUGUUCCUCCCAUCUGUAGCCCCUGUGCCACAAUGUCCUGAACAGUGUUCCUUUGGUUGAGCUGAUCGGCCAGUGGUUGCCAGUGCCGAUGUCUGUGUAGCCCUGUGGACAGACGGAUGCAGGAGUGCCUUUCACACACAUGCCACCAUCUUCCAUUGUACUGUCUGCUUUCACACUGGAGGUCAGUUUCAUGCUCACCAGUGUUUUUAUAUUCAAAUUUUUCUACUAAAAAUAAACUGGAAAUGAGUGUG